CCUGACCUUUCUUCUGUUUUUCUGCUCCUUCCUCUUCUAGAAAUUUCGACAACCCCUUAAUCCCAAUCCCAGCUAAAGAUCAUCCCUCUCCCCCAUCGAAAAAAGCUAGGGUUUUGACGACGAGAAGGGAGUUGAAUUAGGGUUUUGACUUCCUUCGAUCGAGCAGAGCAGAAAAUGGAUAGUUCAUCUCACGGGGGAUCGAAUUCUCCGCCGCCAUUUCUAACGAAGACCUACGAUAUGGUUGAUGAUCCGUCGACGGAUUCGAUCGUCUCUUGGAGCCCUGCAAAUAAUAGUUUUGUUGUUUGGAACCCGCCGGAUUUUGCGAGGGAUUUGCUGCCAAAAUAUUUCAAGCACAAUAAUUUCUCAAGUUUCGUUCGCCAGCUAAAUACCUAUGGAUUUAAAAAAAUAGAUCCUGACCGAUGGGAGUUUGCUAACGACGAGUUCGUAAGAGGCCAAAGACAUCUCCUGAAAAAUAUCCAUAGGCGCAAGCCAGUCCACAGCCAUUCACUACAGCACCAGGGUCAAGGCUCAGGGCCUUUAGGAGAAUCCGAGAGACAAGAGCUCGAGGAGGAAAUCACAAGGCUACAACGCGAAAAAGCCAUACUCACUGCCGAGCUACAAAAACACAUACAACAACAGCAUGGGAUGGAGAACCUGAUGCAGUCUUUAGAGGAAAGAUUGCUCAACAUAGAGCUUCGCCAAAAAAACAUGAUGGCGAAUUUGAACAGUUAUAUACAAAGGCCUGGUUUUCUCUCUAAUCUCAUAUUGCCCUCUGAUCUCCACAGCAAGAAGAGGAGACUGCCGAAAGGGAAUUUGUUCUAUGACGAUGCUGAUGUGGAUGAGAAUAGGACUACAAGCAGAGACAUGCAUAUGCUCGAUACUGAAGCAUUUGAAAAGAUGGAAUCAUCUUUGAACUCUUUGGAGAACUUUUUUCGUGAAGUGAGUCAAGCUUCUGGAGGAGAAAUGUACUAUGAUAAUACUACUGUUCCUUGUGCACCCUCUGCUGUUGUUAUUACAGAGUUAAAUGCAUCAUCAGGGGAAACCGAUGCAAAUCUUCGAUCACCAUCUCCAAUCUCUUCACCCUGCAUUGGAGAUAUCCAUUCAUCCCCAGAUCUUACAGAAUCUACAAAUCAUAUGCACACUGAAGUACCCAAUAAGGUUUCUGAGAUUGAUGUGAACUCUGAGCCUGCUGCUCCUGAGACUCAACCUAAAGUGACCACUGGCGUAAACGAUGUUUUCUGGGAGCAGUUUCUUACUGAAACCCCAGGUUCUGGUGAUACACAGGAGGUUCAGUCUGAGAGAAGAGAAGCUGAGGAUAAAAGAGUUGAGGGCGUUUGGUGGAACCGGAAAAAUCUUGAUCACCUUACUGAGAAGAUGGGCAAUCUUACUCCUGCAGAGAAAACCUGAUUGUCGAUUUUUCCGUGUCUGGUGGAUUGAUCAUAGCUUUAUGCUGUUGAUUGACUUAGAGGUACAAAUGUUUAUAUUUACUGUAACAUAAAGCUGGUCCAUGUUGCUUUCAUGUUUUUCUUGUAUAAUUUUCUGAAGUUAUCUGUGGUAUAAUGCUAGGUUCAGUAGUUUAUAGAUUUACAGAGUUUCAGUAAAAUUGAUUUUGCA